GCCGCCGGUUUCGAGGCUUCUAGCUGUGCUCUGGCUGCCAGUGAAAUGCAAUGUGGAUACGGGGACUUGAGUUCUUGCUCACAGAUGAGCCAAGCUGCUUAUCGUUACACAGCUGCGAGGGCUGCUGGUUAUCCAGGCAACGCGGGAACUACGAGUACAGGAAGCACCACGCCGCUGGGGGCCCAUCACACCACCCACUCUCAUGCCCACGCGCACCACGGGGCCCAUGCAACCCCCUGCUCGGUAAUGGCCGCCAGAUCUCAAGAGGUCCACAGACACGCCGCCUCGAUCUUCCCGUCGGCCAUUAAUCUACAGAGUGGAUUAGGAUAUAAGGCUUACUCAGGACACGAUGGUUUAGCAGAGAAGAGAAAACAACGUCGGAUACGAACGACGUUCACAUCGGCUCAGCUUAAAGAAUUGGAGCGUGCCUUCCAGGAGACCCACUAUCCGGAUAUCUACACUAGAGAAGAAAUUGCCAUGAAGAUCGACCUGACGGAAGCUAGAGUCCAAGUAUGGUUCCAAAAUCGGCGUGCGAAAUUCCGGAAGCAGGAGAGGCUGGCCCAGCAGAAGUCCACGUCCCAAAGCGGUAUAGGAGUAGACAGCGGAGCUUCCAGUCCCGUAGGAGGCAACGUGAAAGCAGAAGGUCGUUCUCCAAGAAGUCCAGCGACGCCACCAGGCAACUCGAACAGCGUGAUGUCUACGAACGAGGCGAAACCAAUUCCGAAUCCGAAUCUUGUGAGCGUGAAACACAGCAGCGACACGGCUACGGAAGGAAACUCGCCCAACACGCGAGGAAGUAACAGCGGCGGAGGAACAUGGGGCUCCUGUAGCCCCAGGCCCUUCUCUGCAGCGCUACCACCGUAUCUAUUGGACCCGCUGCCUCUGAAAACCGCGAAUCUCUACUAAUCGUGGCGACGAAACCGCUCCAUCCCGGCGAAAUUAUGUAAAUAUAGAAAAUAUCGCACGCCAGAGCGAAAUACGGAUGCUGUUCAGGCUCUUCCGUCGCAAGGUCGUUUUCAUUGGUUCGUUGGACGCAGUCAAGCUUUCAAGCUUUCCUCGUCAAGGAAGCAAUCGAAGGGAACAGGAACUUUUUGCUUUUGGAUCCUUUCGGUGAGAUUUAUUUUCAGUUAAUUCUAGUCUUCUGGAACUUUAAACGAUCAAACAGUGAACUUGGAGGUCUAAAUAUUGAAAUAUUUGCAACUGUAAAUACCUAAAAGUUUGGAAUUUGAAGAAGCCAAGUAUUUGAAAGACUAGAUAUUCGAGGAUAUUGUGGAGUUGCGAAAUUCAGGUAUUUAAAAUUCUAGAAACUUCAGGGUUUGAUAUUUUAGCCGCCUAAAUAUCUGUAGCUCUGGAAAGCCAAACGUUUGAAAUUUUCUAGCUACUUGAAUACUUGGAACUUCAGAUGUUUAAUUGUAAAUUUUGGUGCUCUAGAUAUCUACAUUCUUUUUCUGGAUUUCUCUAAUGAGAAUUGUUUUUAGCUACGUUUGAUCGUUUACCUUUACAAUUUUUUCAUUAUUUUUCAUCGCUGUCUGUAUUCGUUGCUUGUUGCUUUAAUUUUUCAUUAAUUUGGGGAGUUUAUUUAGAUAAAUUGGAUUCUUUAAUGUUUUUAUUCUCUUUUUUUCGUGAUUUACAGGAAUCUUUGGUUUUUAGACAUUUGAUGAGAUGCAUUGCUAAUUACAUCUGCUUUUUAUUUCUAUUGACCUUUCGUUUUAUAAUUUCUUUCAGUGGUAACCGUGUGCAUUUGUCGCCGAUUGCUUUAAUUUUCCGUAAAUCUAGUCUCGUUUAGGCAAAUAUAACUUUUAAUUCUCUUUUUACUGGCGUGUAUAAAGUGAGAUCAUGAGAAACGACCUCGAUGGAAGAUAUUUACGAUGAUUCGAAAAGAUUCUCGCUGGAAAACCUAGUGAUACCGAUAUCUAAGUACCGUCCUACAUUCCUCGUUGAUUAGUCAAUGAAUGGGUAGCAUUUAUGUGGAUAAAUCGCACGCAAAGAUGUCUAAAAACAAAACCAAUCCGGAGCAAGUUUGUGAAGAAAGAAGCCAGCAAAAUUUUUCAAAGAAUCUAAAAGAAAUUUGAAAUGUAACUUGAAGCUAGCAAGAUAGAGAAUUUCAUUCGACUAUCAAGAUGAAUGUUUUGACUUUAGACGUCUUAAAAGCAACGAGGAAAGACCGUGAACAAAGAAAAGGUCUGAACAGCGUUCUCUCCACCACUUUUGUCAAAGUAAAAAUAAGCGACACGUUAUGGAGAAUAUCGAUGUGGCCGGCACUUGUACAGUUGUUGCUAUAAAUAUAGAAGAUUAGUGUUUUACACCGUAAACUCAUACUUACUGGUCCAUCGAACAGGGAGCAAGGAUUCUUUUCCCUUCAAGGUGAACAAAGAGAAGAAGAAAACGCAUGUUUAAGAAAAGAAAAAAAAAAAAGAAAUAAGAGCGAAAGCUAGAUUGUAGCUCCACCGACGUGUGUAUCAUUGGCCAUUCAAUAUACAUCCACAAGAAUUAUACAUUAGCGUAAUAAGAUUUAUUAAGGUCCAUUCGUAAUAAGGUGUAUGUUAGUCCAUGUCCCUGACGAUACGAGAACCUUUCUGAGUGAAAGCGAUCGAGAGAAAGAGUGAGAUAGAGUGAAAGGUAGGAGAGAAGAAGGAAAGGCAGCCAGUUCCCGAAAUGGUCGAAGGAAAACUUAUCGCUGUUCGUUUCGCGGGAAUUAAAUCCUUCGGUCGAAGAGAAACGACGCACGUCCCAUGAAGCGCGUUUAAUCUUUAAGUACCGCGAUAGAGAUCGUUAAUCGAUAGACUACGGAUUUUUAUGCGAAAUUAAAUUGCCUGAUGUAGCUGGUACUUCGAUAAGAGUACCACGAUUUUCUUAGAUUUUUUGAAAGUCUAAAAGGAUAAAAGGAAUUAGACACAGACGUGAAUGUUUCAGGUUGCGCAUAAAGAAUUAAUGGAUAAAACGAAUCUAAAUUCUAAUUACUUUGAUAAAAUCCAGGUCUCUCGGUCGAGUUUGUGAAGAUAAUAAAUUCGCAGGAAAAUCCGUAGCCUGAUAACCAACAGCCUGGUGAUUUAUCAAGCCGAGAGAAGAAAAGGUAUUUAUUUUACACGAACAACUAGCUAAACGUGAUCCACCGAUCUCUGUCCGAUCUGUGUUCAGGCCUUGUGUCUAUUUGCGGCUACUUAAAGAUUAAAUCAUUGAUGAUUUCCAGCAUCCCUAGGAAACGCAAAUUCCUACGAGACUCUCGCAGUUGGAGGAACGUGUCGUUACUCUCUCGACGUUCAAACAUAUUUUUAUAUAGUAAAUGCUUCGGAUCUAUCGUCUAGAAGAAUUAUCGGUAAGGAUGCGCCGAGGCUUACUUGAAACGAUGACUUUUCCUUCGACGAGGUCUUCGAUCAGACACAAUUGGAAUGUCGAGAAUGCCGCGGAAACGACGUUUCGCCGCUUCCCUUUCCACGAAAACACAAGCCAACCCUCUGGUUUGUUUUUAUCUUUUUUUUUUUUUUGGUUCUCUUAUUCUUUUUUUCUCGAAAUAUACAUUUAUUGAAAAUAAUCAUAUUUUGCAUCUGUUCUUUUUCGCUCGUCAUUUCUGUCGUUAACUACAAUUGUUGCUGCUGAUUGCGGUCCAGGUAUUUGUCCUUUGUACUCUCUGUGUCAUGCUCGUCACGCCUUUUCCCUCAGACAGCAGACCCUAACUGGAGAAAGUAGAUGGAGUGGAAAUUUGGCCCAACAUUGGUCCCUAACGGAAGUGGACAGGAUACUGAGUCUG